UGUCACAUUCAAUAGUAAUAGUUUAUCUAAUGUUGCUUUUUCCAUUACUCUGUGAGCUUCAUGUUGCUUCCCUUUAUUACACUUAUUUCAUCUACAAUAGUGACUAAAACAUGGAUUUUUAUUAUGUGAAAUUAAAAAAAUAUGCUUGUAUUAUGGAGAUUACUUUUUAGAGAAAUCUAUGAAAAUUAAGAAACGUGAAUCCUAGUACUGAGUUUCAACUGAAAUGGCAAGUACAAAUCAGCGUAGGUAAAUCUACUUCAUAUUUGCAUGCCUGAAUUUACUUUUCCAGAUGUCCUCACAAGUGGAAAAUUGUUGCCAGUGCCAAUGAUGAAUGGGCACAUUUACUAUUUAAUUUGGAAAUGGGUAGCUGAUUGAAACUAAUGGUAAAGUUUCUCAUUAAGAUCUGUGAGACUGAAUCUCCUUGCUCAUAUUUCAGACCUACAGCUGGAAUAAAAGAGAAACCUUUCAGAAGAUAAGUGAGACAGUAUCUGAAUUUUUUGAGCAUUUUAAAUAUAAAAGUGAAAAGUACCCAGCUGGAUAUUAUUCUACAUUUUGACAACAAAACAUCAGUGAGACAGAAUAUUAGCUCUCUGGAUUCCUCUACAGAAAUGCCAUCUGGAGCUGAAAGUCUUUUCCUGGUAGCUGCAAUGGGAGAAUUCAUAGCCGGAAUGCUGGGGAAUGGGUUCAUUGUACUAGUUAAUUGCAUUGACUGGGUGAAGAGUCAAAAACUCUCAGCAGCUGACUGCAUCCUCACCAGCCUGGCUCUCUCCAGAAUCACUCUUCUUUGGAUAUCACUAGCUGACUCGUUUCUAAUGGUGUUGUGGCCACAUUUUUAUGCCAUUGAUAAACUAGCAAAACUUAUUGGCAUUCUUUGGAUACUGUGCAAUCACCUAGCUACCUGGUUUGCCACCUGUCUAAGCAUUUUCUAUUUCUUUAAGAUAGCCAAUUUCUCCCACCCCUGCUUUGCCUGGCUGAGGUGGAGAAUUGGCAAAGUGCUACUUGUGCUUUUACUGGGGUCUUUGUUCUUCCUGUCUUUGAAACUUGUGUUAAUAGACUCAUUCAAUGGUUUCUGGAUUAAGGUCUAUAAUAUACAUGAAAGAAACUCAACAUGGACUCCAGGUGUAAGUGAAACUCUGUAUCUUAACAGUUUGAUUGUUUCUAAUUUUAUCUACUUAAUUCCCUUUCUUCUGUCCCUGAGUUCACUGCUCCUUUUAUCUCUUUCCUUGAUGAGACAUACCAGGAAUGUGGGCACGAACUCCAGCUCUAAGGACUUCCGCACAGAAGCCCACAAAAAGGCCAUGAAGAUAGUGUUAUCUUUCCUCCUCCUCUUCAUACUUCAUUUUUCUUCCUUUGUAUUAACGGGUUGGUGUUUCCUUAUAGUGCAGAAGCAGCACGCCAAUCUGGCUGUCAUGUUAACAUGGAGUAUUUUCCCUUCGGGCCACUCAUUUAUCCUCAUUUUGGGAAACAGCAAGCUGAGGCAAACUGCGUUGGGACUAUUGUGGCAUCUUAACUGCCACCUGAAAAAGGGUGAAAUCUUAGCUUCACAGACUUUACCAGGAUUGUCUAUAUUCCAGGAAAAUUAAACCAUUGAAGAUACAUUUUAAGUUGUUUUUCUCACUGGAUUCUUUUGGAUAUUAUUGAGCAUCACAAACUUUCCCUAUAAGGGCCUAUAAACUAACAAUCUACUUGACAUUUUUAAGAAGCAAGCAUCAUUGUCAUUAUAACACUUGCUAGUAACAAAUUUAGACAAUAUGAAUAUAUACAAUGCAGCAUGUACUAAUUUUAUGUGCGCUGGCAAAUAUUUAUUAUAUUUAUAUGUGAGGAAAACACAUGAUUAUCUAUAAUA